AUGGCCCUGGAUUCGGCGCCUGUCUCCGAAGGCGCAGGAAAUUCGUUCUACUUCCUGUUCAACCUCACCGCCCUGCCGUCGGAGGAGGAACUGACUGCCCUGGAGUUGCGUCUCUUUCACUCCCCUGAGGAAAGCCACGGCUCACACAUCAACGUUUACCAUGCCGUGGAUCCCCUGCCUGUGUCCCCAAACAAGAGCCGGCUCCUCGCGUGCAAAUUGGUGACUCCCGGCCAGCCCAAAUGGGUGAGUUUUGAUGUGACGGCAGCUUUCCAGAAAGCAAGAGAACAGAAGAAGCAUCACCUCGGGUUUCUCGUGGAGGUGCAGCCUUCAAAUAGCAGCCGCCAUCUUCCGCACCAACCGGUUUCCCUUCGGGCAAGACGGUCUCCCGGCCAAGAGGAGGCUGAGUGGGCUCUCAAAAGGCCUUUGCUGGUCACCUAUAGCCAUGACCAAAGAGGGCAACCUCUGAGCCACAGAAAAAGGCAAACCAGAAGCCGCCCUAUUCGAGGCAGAGGAGCGGCUAAAGUGCCAGCCUCCGCAAGGAAGCACAAGAGCCUGAGGCCAAAGACUAAAACCGGCGCAAGGUGCAGAAGGCACCGCCUGUUUGUGGACUUCAAGGCGGUGGGAUGGAAUGACUGGAUCAUUGCUCCCAGUGGCUACCACGCUUUCUACUGCUCUGGGGACUGCCGCUUUCCGCUGGCCGACCACAUGAACUCCUCCAGCCACGCUGUGGUGCAGACCAUCCUGAACUCGGUGAACUCCAAAGUGCCCAAGGCCUGCUGCGUCCCCACAGAGCUCAGCCCCAUCGCUAUGCUUUACCUAGACCAGCACGACAUGGUGGUCCUCAAGAGCUAUCAAGACAUGGUAGUGGACGGAUGCGGCUGCCGGUAGAAGCAAAAGCGCCCAGAGUUGUCUUUUGUCAGUGCUAAAACUUAGGGGAGGCUCUCGGUAAAAGCGAUGGACAAUAAAGUCCGGUCUGUAUUGCAAAA